UUAAUAUUGCAGACCCUACCUAGGCAUAUUGAGUCACAUCUCAAAUCAUGCCGUCAUCCCUUUCAACCCGAGGUUCUAGUUCUCUCGAGACCUUCACCAACUAUGCGCGGCCCAAGAUCAAUAUCGAGCUGGUCAACCAGGCCGAUGGGCUCGUCAACUCAUACACCUCCAAAGAUCGCAUCGAAGGAACGGCGAUGGUGACAGUAGACCGAGAUACACGUUUCGACGAAGUUGAUAUAACAUUUGAAGGUACAGCGAGAACCUCUGUCGAGCGUUCUGCUCUGCCCGGCCGCACAGGGGCCUAUCAGACCUUCCUGCGCCUGCGUCAACCCAUUGACGAUACUCUUUACCCUACACCACGAGUUUUUGAACCGGGACGUACCUACCAAUUUCCCUUCACUUUCGUCGUGCCCGAUCGUCUGCUCCCCCACGCAUGUAGCCAUCACAAAACCAACCAGCACGUUGGGCGCUCCCACACCAUGGUCCCCCCAUCGCUCGGUGAUCCCAUGUUAGCCAGCGAUGGAAAAUCCCUUCUAGAUGACCUAUCCCCGGAAAUGUGCCGCGUCUCGUACGUAAUCCGCGUGGUUGUCAACCGUCGAUCCAACUCAAGCCGAAACGACACCAAGACGCUCGUCUCCGCCGGAAAGAAAGUGCGCGUCGUCCCCGUGAUUGACGAGGAGCCUCCCCUCAACUUCACUGAUCAGGAUAGCGUCUAUUGCACGCGGAGAGAGAAAGACGUCAAGCGCGGCUUGAUGCGCAGCAAGCUCGGCCGGCUCGUGGUCACCGCGUCCCAACCCAAACCCGUCCGGCUCAGCCCACCCAAUGGUGCUGACAGCGACAUCGUCAGCACCGCUGCCACCGUGCAUCUGCGCUUCGACCCUGUUGGCUCCGAGUUGCCCCCGCGCCUAGGCACCGUCUGGUCUCGUCUGCGCGCAUCAACCUUCUACAGCGCCGAGCCCUGGGCGGACUAUCCGUCAGCCUCGAGCGCCCUGCUCUGGACGCAGGUCGGCCGGGGCAUCUAUUCUGAGACCGCCCCGCUAUCCAAGCUCUGUGUCGCUUCUGCACAGUGGACCAAGCACUCCGCCGUCACUUUCGACCGUUGCGACUCGCUGCAGUCCACCUCGUCGGAAGAUUCCCUCGCGGCGUCGUCGACCAGCCCCGCAAGGCAGACCUACUACACCGCGUCGGUCGUCAUUCCCAUUACCCUCCCAACGUCCAAGGCCUUUGUCCCGACAUUUCAUUCGUGUCUGAUCUCCCGCACCUACACCCUCGAACUGAGCAUCUCCUAUCACACCCCCUGCGCAAACCUCGUCAGCCCAUCCGCUUCCCUGCGCGUGCCCAUCCAGCUUGUCAGUCAGCCACGCCUAGGUGGGAAGGGCUCCGAACUCGAUAUCUCCCAGGCUGAGGUCAACGCGGAGUUCUUUUCUCCACGAAGGGCACCCGUUACUGAUUCGUCCCCGUGUCCACCCCCACCGGAAUACACUGCCCUACAGGGGCCGAUUCUGCGGCCGGAUCAAGGCGUCGGGUUGCUUUCCGCUGGGCAAGCUUGAAACUAGCUCGAGAGUUGGCAAAAGCCCCAGUUACCAGAGGAAUCGACAUACUACGACCACGACAAGUGUCUCACUAAUAAUUUCCACCGCUCCCUAAAAUCAAAACACAGGCGGAAGAAGAUUAACCCUUCAGCAUACGGUGUUUUGUCAAGUGCAUUUGUUACAUUUUCAGAAUAUACCCCAUUUUCUUUUGUUGUUAGCGAUAACGGACGUCUCUGGGCGAACCUUUCUUUUCUUUUUUUUCCUGUUUCUUUCUUGCCCCGUACUUUUCCUUGGUAUGCGUGUGUACGUGUGUAUGCUUGAGCUUGGGGAAGAACCACUGGGGCUGAUUCUGAGUUGUCA